AUGGCGUCGUCGUCGUCUACUUCCGCCCUGCCUCGCCUGGCCCUCUUCGAAGCCGUUGCCCGCCACGACGCCGAUGCCCUCGCCGUGGUCCACUCGCUCUCUGGCCGGAGCUUCACCUACGGCCGGCUGCUGGGCGACGUGCGCCGGGCGCGGAACCGGCUGCUCGAGGCCCGGGGCAAGGCCAGCGGCGACGACCUGGACGGCGAGAGGGUUGCGCUCUUGGUAGAGAACAGCUACGAUUACGUAGUCGCUCUGCUCUCCAUCCUGGCCGCGCGCGCAAUAGCCGUGCCUCUGUCUCCCGCAUUCCCCAUCCCAGAGCUCGAGUAUGUCCUCAACCACAGCGAGGCCUCGCUGCUCGUCUCGUCUCCCAAGUUUGCCUCCAAGGCCCAGCAGGUCCUGGCCGCAGAGCUGACGUCCAAGCCCGCCCACGUGGAGCUGCCCAAGCAUGCCGAAAGUGCGGAUGCUGCCACCAGAGAGGAGGUUCCCUUGGAAGACAGCGCCGAGCCGGGCCAAGCAGGCCUCAUGCUGUAUACUUCAGGGACGACGAACAAGCCGAAAGGCGUCUUGCUGCCCCAGUCCGUCCUCACCGCGCAAGCUCGCUCCCUCCAUGAAGCCUGGGAAUACUCCCCCUCGGACCAUCUCCUCCACCUGCUCCCCCUCCACCACAUCCACGGCGUCGUCAACGCCAUCCUGACGCCCCUCCUCGCCGGGUCCUCCAUCGAAUUCAUGUUCCCCUUCAACGCCGACGCAGUCUGGAACCGCCUCGCUGCUCCUUUCCUGCCCGCUUCCGAGACCAUCACCAACGGCAUCGCCACCAACGGCGACACACCGGCAGCAUCCAAGGCUCCCAAACCAAGGGUCACCUUCUUCACCGCCGUCCCCACAAUCUACAGCCGCCUCCUCACCACCCACAAGUCCCUCCCCCCUCCCAUCCAGGACGCCUCCCGCGAGGCAAUCUCCCCUUCCAACCUCCGCCUCAACAUCUCCGGCUCCGCCGCCUUGCCCACCCCCAUCAAGACCGCCUGGGCAUCCCUCAGCAACGGAAACGUCCUCCUCGAGCGCUACGGCAUGACUGAAGUCGGCAUGGCCCUCUCCUGCGGCCUCUCCUUCGCCGACCGCGUCGACGCCUCCGUCGGCUGGCCUUUGCCUUCCGUCCAGGCCCGCCUCGUCGACGUCGACUCCGCAGAGGUCAUCCUCCCCGGCCAGGAAACCGGCCCCGACGGCCGCGAGCGCUCCGGCGAGAUCCAGCUCCGCGGGCCAACCAUUUUCAAGGAAUACUGGCACAACCCAGCCGCCACCGAAAAGGAAUUCACAAAGGACGACGACGGCCAAGGCCCCUGGUUCAAAACCGGCGACGUCGCCGUCCGCCGCCCCGUCCCCACCGCCGGCCUCAACACCUCCCACCAGCCCUGGGCCGCCGGCCCCCUCUACUUCAUCCAGGGCCGUAAAUCCGCCGACAUCAUCAAGACCGGCGGCGAAAAGGUAAGCGCCCUUGAGAUUGAGCGCGAGCUCCUCUCCCUGCCGCAAGUCGCCGAGGCCGCCGUCGUCGCCGUGCCCAGCGGCGCAUGGGGCCAAAAGGUCGGCGCCGUCAUCGUGCUCGACAGGGCCGUCGCCGAGAAGUGGUCGCCGCUGGAGAUGCGCCGCGCGCUCAAGAGCCGCCUGGCCAACUACAAGAUCCCGCAGGUCAUGAAGGUGGUGGACAGCAUACCGCGCAAUGCCAUGGGCAAGAUUAAUAAGAAGCAGCUUGUCAAGGCCAUCUUUGCCGACGAACACAGCGGUGACGAGGCAUAG